AUGUCCCUUCAGAUUCGCAAUCAUAUAACCAAGCCUUCCAACAAGUCUCCACCCGUCCCAAACAAUUUCUGCACAUUUACCCCAUCCCACACUCCCCAGCAAGAGAUGUGGAAUUCCUAUCCCAACGACCAAGGCAUGCCUAUGGACACCUAUCCCUCUAGCUCCAUACCAGGUUAUUUCGACCACCAAACGUGGAGUGUCCCUCAAGCUUCCUACAGUAUCCAAAACGACCACCAGGGACUUUCUACGACAUCGGGAUCCUAUACUGACUUUGGCGUAGCGAACCAACUGCCAGUUCUGACCUCCCCCCUCCCCUUUGAACCCUCGGCGCCCGUCCCAAGUCAUCCUUCCCCGCCCAUAGAAUCCCUUGUUCUCUUUUCUGCGCCCCACACUCCCUCGAGCGCCGGUACAUUGGCAACCCCGCCCACCGGUGCUUCAACUCUUCCUAGCGGUUCACCUCGAAAUGCCCAACAGGCCCUUCAUCGCGAUCUUUCUCCCACUUCCCGUGCCCAGUCGUCUGUUAGGGCGGCAUAUCGACAACAAUACAACCUCUUCGUCAGAGCCAGGAAUUUACCGUCUGAGACCUCCACAGGUCAAUUCAUUCCCCAAGCCAUCUAUAAGCCGCAUACCAAUAGCGAUCGGAAACGUUAUGUGGAAGAUGCCACCCUGUCGGACCCACUCUACUUUGAGAUGGAGAAUCCGUCCGAGUUCGGCAUCUCCCUCUAUGACGCCCUGCACUCCAAGACGAAACGAUUGGUUAGCCGCGAUAUGCCCGUCUUUGAAGGCCGAGGUCCCAGUGUCUCGAUACGUCUUGAGUGGCCGGGAUACCGCCAAUGGACCCGCCAAAUCCCAACGAAAGACUUCCGAAGUCCACCGGGGCCCAUAACCAUGGCCAAACUCGCCAAGAACGUCGCCAAAUGUGUCCUUAGGUUCAUCGACGAAAACAAAGACCGCCCUUUGGAAGACGGAGCAGAUAUUCGAUGGAAGGUCGGUCUGCGACCCCACGAGAUCAAACUUGAGGAUGUAGUCCUCGUCAGCUUGCACCAUGUCUCUUUGGGAAGCUGGCAGCCCCAGUUGCGCUUGCGUCGCCCAAAGCCUUUGUAUGCGAGGUGUUGA